AGAAUUAAAACGUUUUCAUUUCUACAAAUACAAGAGGAAAAGAAGUUCACGUCUGGUUUCACUAUCUGUUAUUCAUAUUUUCAGUCAACGUCCCAGAUUACCUUCAAUAGGCAGUUCUAGUCACAUUUGAUUACUACCACCCUAAGAACAUUUCACACAUUUCGCACCACGCCACUUCACUUCAAAAGUUUUGAUUAGUUUUUUUUUGCUAUUCGUUUUAUUGAACAAAGGAUAAAGAAACCUAUUGGAUUGUCCAGUGAUAUACUCUUUGUUGAUACAAGAGAAGCCCUUUACGUUUUUGUUGUUCAGAUUCCACCUACUCCAUAAAAUCGGAAGAUUACCACCACGCCAGGGGAUCGUAUAUUAUUAUUUUUUUUUUAAGUGCUGCUCUUAAAUUUUAAAGAACAGGGUCCGAGUUAAUCUCUUUUGAAAAUUAAACAAUAAUAAUAAUGGCAACUUUCUCUGAUUACCAACCCGUCUAUGAGUUUGACGCUACUGAUGAUUUCCUUCAGUCUUUGAGUGGAGCAGUUCCAAGUUUAUCGCCUGUACUGAUGACUGGGGAUGAUAGUCAAGUUAUGUUUGGAGUUCCAGAAAAUAACCAGAACAACUAUGUCGACCAAGUCGACUACAUGAACCCCAACUUUGGGAACCCAAACAUUCCCAAUAUGACAAAUGAUGCUAAUGGGGUAAAUUACCCUACAAACCCUAUUGAAUUGUUCCCAGAGUUUAACAAUAAUGGAGGACAAUCGCAGGUCAUGUAUCAAAGCAGUAAUAGCAAUGAAUAUUCCCCAACGGUGGAAGAUGAAAGAAAAUCCUCACCAAUGUCCACCACAAAUUCGUUUUCUCAUUCCUCUUCAAAUGGACUUACUCCAGUUUCACAAAAUUCUAUUUCAUCUACUCAUACAUCUCCAGUAUCAGUACAUGUUAAACGUGAAGAAGACAGAAAACCUAUCCCAACUCCACAAUCGGUAUUGGUACCAACUCCAAGUGAAUCGUCUACUACUAGUGGAGGUGUAAAUGUAACGAAUUCAAAGAUUACCAAGCCAGGCAAAAAGGAUAGAUGUUCUCAUAAUAUGAUUGAAAAGAAGUAUCGAACCAAUAUCAACUCUAAGAUUUUGGCUCUUAGAGAUGCAGUUCCAUCUUUGAGAAUUGCUACUGGAGAUAGCAAAGAUAUUUCAUUGGUUGAUUUGGAAGGUUUGACUCCAGCUUCGAAAUUAAAUAAGGCUAGUGUUUUAACAAAGGCAACAGAAUACAUUAAGCACUUGGAGAAAAAGAAUGAAGUUUUGAGAAGACAAAACUUGGAAUUACAAAGAAUCAUUCAAGAAGCUAAUUGUAACUCCAAGCCACCUACUCCACCACAAGGCUUUGGAUAUGUUCCACCAAUGAAUGAACAAAGCUUCAACACGACAGUCAAUCCAAUGCAUCAACAGCAGCACCCACAACCACAGCUCCAGCAGCAACAUCAACACCAACAGCAAAUGUAUGGUGGAAACUUUGUGUAUGCAAACCAACAAGGAAAUGUGUCCCCUGGUCUUUCAGGUGGACAAAAGGUUCUUCUUGGUGGUUUGGCCACUGUAAUGGGGUCAUCGAUGUUCUCUGGAGACAAUGACUUUAAGGGACUUUCGGCCUUGCCUUUCUACCAAUUCUUGCCUCGAGCAGUAGCACAUCCAUCACCUAUGGUCGUACAAGGCUUCCUGUUGAUUAAGACAUUGAUACUUUUUGGGGCAAUAGCAAACAUUGUUUACCCCCACUUUAUUAGCUCAUUUGCUGAUAAAACAUCCAAAAAGACAACUAAACUGUCAAAUAUUCUUAUUUGGAAGGAUUUUCUACUUGUAAACUUGGGUUUACAACUUCCACAUAUUAUUGACCCACAACAAAAACUGGAGAUUUUGAGCAUGUUGGUUGGUGGAUCAACAUUUUCAUAUCCAAAGUUAUUUAACAACUACAUUCUUCUCUCGUCUGCUGAAUUGACAUUUGAGAACUGUCUUCUUAACUUGGUUGUUGGUAAACUUUUAAUUACUAAAUUCCCAUUAUUAAAGACCAUGUUUAACUAUAAUUUGAGUAUGAAAGCUUCCCUUAUUUCUAAUUUAGAACAAAAGGGAGGUGAUGAAUUCUUGGUUCGUUUGAAUAAAAUGAUUCACAACAUUGAUGGAGUUUCUAUUUUCGGAUCUGAUUUGAUUUUCAACAAGUUGAUUAAUGUGGUUGAAGGUAAGCCAAUUAAUUAUAACUGUCGUGACGGAUCAAACCGUUUGAAAUAUGUUGAAUUAUAUCAGAGACAAUCUAGUAACAUUUAUGGUAUUCUUUUCUCCUGGAGAGUAUUGGAAUUAACACACCAAUUGAAUGUGAAAUAUUUAGAUAAUGUUGCAUCAACUGAAGAUGAAGAUACCAAAAAAGAAGUGUUUGAGAAUAUCUACAAUGAUACUGAAUCAAUUAACGUUCUCAUGGAUGGGUGUACUUUUGGUAAAUUAAACAAGUACUUUAAACUUUUCAAAGCUGUUAUAAUUCCAGAUGAAUAUGCAAUCGAAUUGAAAGAAUCUAUUCAAAAAGAUAUUGAAACUUGUUUGGGUAAUUUCAAGGGAUUGGCAGGAGAACUGGAAUUGACUGAUUCUGAUACCCUUGGUUCCUAUGACGAUUCUUCAAGGGAAGAUUCCUUUGACGAAGAAUUUGGUGAAGAUGUUGCAAAGUCAUUUGCUGUUAAUGAAAAGACUGGUUCUGGCAUUGCUUCUCAAAAGUCAUUGAUCAGUUCUUUGAGCCUCAUUACAGAAGAAGAAUUUUUUGUUCUUACCUCAUCUUUGGUUUUGUAUUAUCAUAACAGAAAUGUCGACCAAGCUAAGAAAUUAUUAGGACAUCUUUGUUUCCGUAGUGAAAACACUGAAUUAUCCUUCUUAUCAUUUACUGCCAUUUUAAGAGUUAUCAUGGCACUCUCCUCUGAUGAUUGUCAGCAUGAUGAAAUCUUGGACAAACUUGUUAGAAUAGUAAGAGUUUGGCUCAAUGAUAAGUCGAAGAACAAUGUUUUAGAUUUAAACACCAGAGGUUCCCUUUCUGAUCUAGUUGUUGAAAAGGGAAUGGUGAUAAAUGGGAUUAGCGAAAGCGAGGAUGAAGACAAUUAAUUAGUUUAUUUUUUUUAUUUAUUGGGUUUGUUU